AUGGGUAUGCAUGAUGUUUCACAAAAGGUUGCUGGGAAGGUUCUCAUGGCUUUGCUUCUUCUUGUUGCAGUCUCAGCUGAGAACACUCUCUCACAAUCCAAUCACACCAGAGAUGUUGAUACCCAUUUUUAUGUUAGAGAAUUUUACCACCACACUUGGCCGAAUAUGAAAAUUGGAUGGAAAAUAAUAGCAGGCACCAUAGUUGGAUUCAUAGGAGCAGCAUUUGGGAAUGUGGGAGGUGUUGGUGGGGGUGGCAUCUUUGUGCCCAUGCUUACCCUCAUUAUUGGAUUCGAUUCAAAAUCAGCAGUAGCAAUAUCAAAAUGCAUGAUUACCGGUGGAGCAACAGCAACUUUUUUCUACAAUAUGAAGGAAAGACACCCCACACUUGACUUGCCAGUGAUUGAUUAUGACUUGGCACUUCUUUUCCAACCAAUGUUGAUGCUUGGAAUCAGUAUUGGAGUUGUUUUCAAUGUCAUAUUUCCUGAGUGGAUGCUAACAGUUUUGCUAAUAAUAUGUUUCGCUGUCAUUUCAAUUAAAUCCUUCUUUAAGGGUGUUGAGACAUGGAAGAAAGAAACCAUUCUGAAGAAGGAAGCUCAGAAGAAUUCACGGAUUGAUAAUAAUGGAAAAUCUCAAGAUGCUGAACAUUGUGUUCAAACAGGAGACUUGGUCAAGGACAAUAUCAAUCAAUCAACGAAAAAGAAGGUUUCUAUCAUUGAGAAUAUUAAAUGGAAGGAUCUUGGACUUCUUUUCGCUGUCUGGAUCAUCAUAAUUGCAUUAGAGAUUGGAAAAGUUGGUAUCCUAGUAUAUUGGGUAUUGAAUCUACUCCAGGUACCCAUAGCUGGAGGAAUGAGUUCAUACCAGGCUAUCCGGCUGUACAAAGGGCAGAGAACAAUAUCAUCAAAGGGUGAUCAACAAACAAAAUUUGGAGUGCUGCAGUUAAUUAUGCUUUGUGGUUGUGGAGCACUUGCUGGCACAAUUGCUGGUUUGUUAGGCCUUGGUGGAGGAUUCAUCUUGUCACCACUUUUCCUUGGACUAGGAAUCCCUCCUCAGGUGGCAAGUGCUACAUCCAUUAUGGCAAUGACAUUUUCUGCAUCUAUGGCUGUGGUGGAAUAUUACCUUCUCAAACGUUUUCCUAUUCCUUAUGCACUUUACUUGGUAGCUGUAGCCACUGUUGCUUCACUUGUUGGGCAGCAUUUGGUGAGAAAGGUGAUAGCCAUACUGGGGAGAGCAUCUAUCAUAAUUUUCGUUCUCACUCUCACACUUGUUGUUAGUGCAGUUUUACUAGGUGGAGUGGGAGUUGCAAACAUAAUAAAAUCGAUUGAAGAUAAGGAGUACAUGGGAUUCGGAAACCUUUGCAUUCACGUCAUCAAAAGAUAA